GUAGAUUCAUGGCCACGAUGUGGUUUUAGGAGUACAAUGGCUCCGUCAGUUAGGGAGGGUAUCACAUGACUACGAAAAGGUAACGAUGGAAUUUACAUAGUUGGGGCAAGGAGUGACUCUACGGGGAGAAGUGCCGAUGGCCAAACUGAUGACGUUCCUCCACUUUCGAACCAUGCACGAGAAACGGGAUGUCGAGGUUUACGUGGAGCUCAUGGCAAUCCAAGAAUCUCCCCCCGAGACCCUUGAACCGUCACUGCCAAAGGAAAUCGCUCAGUUACUGGACGAAUUUGGGGCUGUUUUGGAGGAACCCAGAGGGAUGCCGCCCCGUCGAGAUGCUGAUCACAGAAUAUUUUUACAGCCGGGAAGCAAACCAGAGGGCAGCCACCAAUCUCUACCGGAUGAGUUUGUUAGGGGCCAACCCGUCUCUAAGCCAGUGAGGGUGCACGCAAGUCGACAGAUUUUACACCGUGGAAAGCUUGUCCAGCAAUACUUGGUUGAAUGGUCCGACGGCAGAAGGGACGACGCAACAUGGGAGCCAUGUGAGGUGGUUCAACGUUAUUACCCAGAUAUACACCUUGAGGACAAGGUGUUUUCUCAAGCGGGCGGGAGUGAUACGGUGCACCAGGAGGACAGCGAACCCUCUCUAAAAACACUCAUGGACACUGUCAAGGCAGACAUUUCAAUGGAUUGGACUCAAAAUGACAUUCGGUUCUCCUACAUGGUUGCCUUAUGUCCACCGCCUAUCGUCAUUGUGGACGACGCUGAACUUUUGUUCUAUCUGAAGUUGAAGUCCCACCAAACCGACUUGUCAUAUCUGCCAUUAUGCAUGGAGGUUUUGCCUACUGCCACAGCUACUCAUCUGAGUGCCCAAGACAAUCCCUCGUUUGAUUCAUAUCAUUCGUGCCCUGUUGACUUCCGGGAAGGUGAUCACAGACAAGCAACGUCAGCAUUCUUGGCCGAUCUAGUCCUCCAUCGGUAUGUCGACGCAACCAGAAAACAGUACCCCCCCAAUGACAUACGCGACGACAUGCGAAGGGAGUUUGGCAUUGCGAUGUCAUAUAGGAAAGCACUUCUCCUUGUCCCCAUCGCCUUUGGUGUAUGUGAUGCAGAAGACAAGGACUCUUGGUUGUGGUUUCUUACUCAUUUGAAAACCACCCUGACCGCAAGGCAUGAUCUGUAUAUUGUGUCUGACCGCCACGAGGGAAUCAUUCACGCAGUUCAGAACGUAUUCCCGAAUGUAGGUCAUGGUUUUUGUACAGAACACAUUGCCCGAAACCUGCGUGUCAAAUUCAAAGGUCCUAAAGAAGACCUGACCUGGAAGUUUAGGAAAGCAUCACGUGCAGCUACUGAGGCAGAGUGCGAGGAGUAUCUUCAAAUGCUGGAUGAACAAGACCAUAGAAUACGUGCAUACCUAUCCAAUAUAGGUAUGCCGCGAUGGGCACGUUGCAAAAGUGGGCCAUACCGGUACUCCGUAAUGACUUCAAACGCUGCAGAAUCAAUGAACAAUGUCAACAACUCGGCAAGCGAAUACCCCAUUUGCAAGCUAGUCGAUUUCAUUCGCGAAAGGAUGCAGAAAUGGUUUCAUGAACGGCGUCAAACAGCUUCAUCUACAACAACCAUUCUACCAAGGAAGCUUGAGUCGGAGCUAAUUACACUACAACGUGAUGCAUUCAGGAUGAAGGUUAAGCCAGCUUCCCCAUACGAGUUUGAGGUUGUUGACAGGUGGUCCCGGACUUUUGUUGUUAACCUCAGAGACAAGUCGUGUACAUGCGGUGAUUUUCAAUUGGACCAUUUUGUAUGUGUCCACGCCGUAGCAGCAAUUGGAUCUCGUCCAGGACUGUCAUGUUACAAUUUCAUCUCACCUUACUACAAACGCGAAUCAUUGGUAGCCACCUACAGCGGUAUUGUGCACCCAUUAGGCGACCAAUCUACCUGGUACAUCCCGCCGGCUGUCAAAGCCCUUGUCUGCAAGCCCCCAUCAUGCAACAAACGCCCACCUGGGAGGCCAAAGAAGCGGAGGCUGCCAUCCGUUGGUGAAUUCCACUUGGGCAAAGGUCGGAAAAAACAAAAGUGCACCAGGUGCUUGAAGAUGGGACAUAAUAUAAAAACAUGCAAAAAUCCAAUACCAACAUGACAAUGGCUGUAUUUUUUUGUUUGCAUGGAUGCGUUGUACGUCAAAUUUCCUUCCACUACCCAUAAGAUAAAUAACACAUUCAUUA